UCUUUGCUGUGGCAUUCUAACAUGUGACGUGGUUCCUCGCCAACAUGGCCACCAGAUAAACUGGUUAGUGCUGUAGUUGGAGGAAAAGCGCUGCGAUAACUAAGAAGAUCACUGGCGGUUUCCCAUGCAACCAAGGCUAGGACCAACAUGUCUAAAGUAGAUAUGGAAACAGAUAGCUCAUUGGAAGUCUGCUGUAAUGAAACCACUAACAGCAGCAGCAGCAGCAAGGAACACCUUAUCCCCCCUGACUCCAAGGAGCCUUCGUCUUCCCGUUCCUCCAGCGCCUCCGCGGGCACCAUGACGUCGGCGUCUCAGUCCUCCAGGAUAAAGUACCUGUCGCUGGGCGUGCUGGUGGUGCAGACCACCUCGCUGGUACUCACCAUGCGCUACUCCCGCACCCUGCCGGAGGACGGCCCGCGCUACCUGAGCUCCUCGGCCGUGGUGUGUGCAGAGGGGCUGAAGAUCCUGGUCUGCUGCCUGCUGGUCCUCAAGGAGCACAACUUCAGCCUCCGGGGCUUCCAGCAGCUGCUGAAGGAGGAGAUUGUCCACAAGCCGCUGGACACGCUGAAGCUGGCCGUCCCUGCAGGGAUCUACACACUGCAGAACAACCUGCUGUACGUGGCCCUGUCCAACCUGGAUGCCGCCACCUACCAGGUAACCUACCAGCUGAAGAUCCUCACCACGGCGCUGUUCACUGUGUCUAUGCUGGGCAGGAGACUGGGCCUCUACCAGUGGCUGUCCCUGGUCAUCCUGAUGGCGGGCGUGGCACUAGUGCAGUGGCCCACCGAUUCUCCGGCGGAGAAGCUGUCGGCGGGCUCCCAGUUUGUGGGCGUGCUCGCGGUGCUCAUUGCCUGUGUGUCCAGCGGCUUCGCUGGCGUCUACUUCGAGAAAAUACUGAAGCACACCAAACAGAGCGUGUGGUUGCGCAACAUACAGCUAGGUGUGUUUAGCUUUGUCUUCGGCCUCUUCGGGAUGAUCCUCUACGAUGGAGCGAGGCUCGUGGAUGAUGGGAUGUUUCAAGGCUUCAACACUAUCACAUACACGGUGAUCUUCUUACAGGCUGUGGGCGGGUUGGUGGUCGCUGCUGUAAUUAAAUACGCAGACAACAUCCUUAAAGGUUUUGCCGGGUCGCUGUCGAUCCUCGCGUCCACAGUCAUCUCCUUCUUCUGGCUGGGGGACUUCGUCCCUACCAGCUUCUUCCUGGUCGGUGCAUUGCUGGUCAUCGCCGCCACCUUUCUCUACAGCCUUGAGCGUAAGCCAGCCCCUUCGCCUGUCAAAGUCUAGGUGUGGAUACUAGAAGAACCAAGUGCCUCCUUCACCUACUUCAUCAUCAGGGACAGUUUCUGCCCUCUGGUCCACAGUGGAACCGGGUGAAGAGCCAUGAUCAAGUGUCCCGUUGAGAUUGACCAGAUCUCCAAUAACCUGGUCCCAAUGGCAAUGGGACCAGCUAAUGUUACUGCUGACUUGCACAGAAGAAGAAGAAGGGGGGCGUAAUAAUGGCAUUAACUCUUUUUAAUAUUAUUGUGUCUUGAAGAAACUGAAAUUUGUAUUUGGGUACUGAAGGGAACUGUUCUGUUGUUUCACACACACGCAUGCAAACACGGCAUGGCACGCAUUGUUCAAUACUUGGAAAACAAAUCCAGCGUCUACCCAUGAACUGUUGCAACAAUGUGAAUGUUUUUUUAUAGGUUAAUAUAUUUAAAACCAUUUAUUCAUGUUUAGAGAAUUGAGGGUGUUUUUUUCUUGUACUUGUAAGGGUUCUGAUGGUAAUGUGUAUUUCCUACAGGGACAUGCAUAGAGAGCAAUUUUAUAAAUGAAGUUGUCGAAUGUGUUCUGUUACAAGUCGAUUUAUGCAGGGCUGGCAGCUCACUUAAAAUUUAAUGAAUUCAUUGAUAAAUGUCAGAAGCGCAUCACAUCCUCUCCUUUCACAUGCAUGCACAUACUGCCCUCAACCGCCAUCUCCGAAUGCCGGAGAGCAGGGAAUAUCCGUACUCGCCUCCACGGCAAGAGAUGGAAGUUGUAAGGACUAUUGAGAUGGGGACAUCAGGUACAGAAGGAGAGGUCACUCAGCCUAAUCCUGUUUAAAACAAGAUCCCGCUCUUGGAAAUUAAGUCCUUAGCGUUUUCUGUCAACUGGUAGCGCAUGGCAUUAAUACUGCCAGGGUUGAGGGUUUGAUUUUCAAAAAGGCCUCCCAGUCUAAGAAAACAUAUUCACUUACUUACAGUGAGACACUUUGGAUAAAAGCGCUGCGCUGUUUUUGUGUAUGAGCAGAGAGAACCGUUCCAGGGUAGCGGGCCACAGAUGGACAGGUGAGGGCUCCCCUGAGCAGGGCAGAUGGAGGCUGAGUCAUUGGACUCUAGG